CUCCGUGCGCCUGGUAACAGCGAAAGCGUCUCUCGUGGAGAUGAUGAACUCGAGGAGCUGCGGAAGAAGAUUUACCGCCGAGACGGAUCACGAUGCGCCAUAAAUCCCUCGUUCACGUAUUUUCUGCAAGCUCCGACAUAACACGCACACAUGCGAGCCCUUCACAAUAACACCGACACACUGACAUUGAUACCCGGCUAAGCGUCUUAAGAAUUGGGACGAUCAAUGCAUUUUGCACAGGUUUAUUGCAGGAGAUGGAGAUAUUGGGUUGGCCAAAUAUUGCCAUAUUGCAUCUUACUUGUUACCUAAUGCGAUGAGGCACUAAUGCACUUAAUAGGAUUCAGGUCGCCCUCCCUGUCUUCCUGUAGCUCUCAGAAGCAAGCUGUGUCCAUACAUAACUGAACCCAGUACAUAACUGAUUACCAGCUUAUGCUAGAGACACAACAUCAGCAUCUGUUCUUGGCAGAUCCCAAAAGAGUCUGAAGAUGGCCUGUGCUGUGGAGAGAUGAGUGAGACCUCCUGAUAUCGGGUGAUUAGACACCCAUACAGGCAUGGGGAAACUACAGAGCAAGUUUCGGCGGCGCUCAGACCUUUACAAGGCCAAAGAGGGGGCGGAGCUUGCACCUGUGCACCAGGUAGUGCAGUAUGAACCUGCUCACACAGAUGCCAUCAACUGUGUCGUCAGCCUGACCUCUGACCUGUGUGUGUCAGGAGGGCAUGACCAGGCUGUGGUUGUCUAUGACUGGAGAGCUGGAAAACGGUGUAAAUCAUUCCAGGGCCACAGCAGAGAGAUUACAAAGUUAUGCUGUUUUAAAGGAAGUUCCUUGAUCUUCAGUGCGUCCCGUGAUAAGACAGUGCUGAUGUGGGAUAUGGGUCGAGAUGCCGAACCCGUCCAGGAGUUUUGUGGCCAUGAGCUCGUAGUUAACGGGGUAGCGGUAGGCCCAGAUGGCUCAAAGUUGUGCACCGGCUCUCGUGAUAACUCCAUGCGCCUCUGGGACAUCGAGUCCGGAGAAUGUCUGCAGAAAAACACCAUCUCACGUAACCUGGUAACUCAUCUGUGCUGGGUACCAGGAUGCACAUCCAUUGUCCAAACCUCAGAAGACAAAACUAUCAGGGUGUGGGAUAGCCGUACCUGGCAGGUCACUAACACAUUUCCGGCAAAGCAGUAUAUUCAGACGCACUGUGACAUCAGCUCCAACUGUUACCACCUGCUGUCGUCCAGCAAUGGCUUUGGUGGUCAGGGUUGUGAAGCCACGCUGUGGGACCUCAGGCAGCCCGGCUGUAAGGUGGCUGAAUACAGAGGACACCUGCAGACCACGGCAUGCUGCGUGUUUGUGCCUCCCCGUCCCGGAUGUCCUGCCCUCGUGGCGUCAUCGUCGUAUGACAGCUCAGUAAAAAUAUGGGAUCUGAACACUGCAGCGUGUUUGUACACGUUAACGCUGGACGGUUCAGGGCCUGUGGUGUCUCUGGCUCCGUGUGACUCCAGCAGUCUCCUGUGUGCCAGUUUUAACACAGGACUGCACCAGCUGCAUCUAGAUCAGGGAGCAGUGCCCAGCCUCACUGAAGUGGCUCGCUUCUGACGUCCAUCUGGACCGCCUGGACAAUCAAACUGAUGAGUUCAAAUGAACUAAUUUAUUAACUGGAACUCCUGGAAUGUACACUUCAUUUCCAAAGUACUGUAUGUGGACUUAUACUUUUUAAAGAGAUAAGUCUUGAAAAUGUACUCACCUGAAGUCAUCCGAGAUGUGAAUGAGUUUGUUUUUUCAUGACAACACUCACCAAUGGCUCCUCUGCAGUGAAUGGGUGCCGUCAAAAUGAGAAUCCAAACAGCUCAUGAAAACCACUCCAGACCAUCAGUUAAUAUCUUGGGAAGUAAAAAGCUGCCUGUUGGUUUUUAUCAAAUGUUUGGACGGCACCCAUUCACUGCAGAGGAUCCAUUUCUGAGCAAGUGAUUUCUGUAAUUCUGUUCUGAUGAAGAAACAAACUCAUCUUCAUCUUGGAGGGGGGAGUAAAGUUUCAGCAGAUUUCUAUUUCUUUAACAGGUUGGCCUAUAAUUAAUAGGAGCAUGAACUGUAUAAAUGUGUCUACAUUGUCCACAAUGUAUUUGACCAUGUAGUGUAUGAUCGUCUGAAUACACAAACCAUUAAAUGGUGUUUAAACAUAAUUAACUUACCUGAAGCAGUGAGACUGAAUGGCUAUGAAACUCUUGACUGCAGAAAGUAUUUACAAUAUGGCUUUUUCCAAAUAUGGCUUAACUCAGGGUUAAAAAAAUGUAUCUUAGAUGAGUGCAGUUUUUUUCUGUGUGUGUGUGUGUGUGUGUAAACUGAUACGAACAAUGAAAUGCCACUCAGCUUCUCCUUGUUUGCUGAAUAUGCUUGAAUAAGUUUUUGGAAGCCAGGAGUGAAAGUACUGGAGUACUUGGACUUAAUUAUACUGUAUGUUGAUGUACUAUUUUACAAAGUUUAUGCGUCAUUAUACUACACUAAACUUUUAGACUUUAGAUAAAAAGUUUCAGGUAACUUUAAUAUUUCUCGAGCAUUUGUCUUGAGUAAUUCAAAUAGAAAAACUGUGAGUAAAAGCGUCGAAUAUUAAUUGAAUGGGACAAUCUUGUUCCUCUCAUCUAUUUCUUAAGCUAACGGGCAAUGUUUAUUUUUGGUUUCUAAAGCUUAACUACAAUUAAAUGUGGUCUCCAUUUUUAUACAUUCCCAUAAAUAUAUUUUCAUACUUAGAUUUAUAAUUGAGUAAAAUUUACAGGAAAAAAAAAAACACACCUGUACUCUACCUUGAGUAUAAUUUCCCUGUACUUUUCACUCCUGUUGGAGACCUUUUAUUUGCACUCUUCAUUAAGUCAUAGCUAAUGGGUCAAAAUGAUUCACUGCCAAAAUCGUUCAUGCAGAAAGCACAUAGAUGUGAAACCUCAGUCUCUUUCUCUCCCUGUACACACACACUCACACACACACACACACUGACAGUUACAUUCACACAGACUCAGGGUUUGGCAACAUGGGAAGCUGAAUCAUUUUUCAGAUAGAAGCUGCUAGAGAUAACAGACAAACACAAACACAUUCAAGCAUCUAUGUAAACAGCCUUGUCUUGUAUUUCACACACAGAGACUCCGAGGAGAGGGAAAGGAUGCGUAUGUGGCCCUUUAGAGAAUUCAAUUCAAAAAACAGCAGAUCUCAAUAUUUUCCCUCAAACAGAUGAUCACAUUAUGGAGAAUGUGAAGUCAGUGAUGAAAUGUGUUUUCUGUCAUUGUUGUUUGUAAUAUAUAUAUAUAUUAGUUCUAGAAUGAAAAAGAAUAUUGCAGCUUUUUUCCUGAAAACACUGUCUUGCCAACAUGACAAUGUUGAUUUGACAUUUAAUGUUUUGACACAGUUUUUUCACAAAUAUACCAACCAAAGAGUUUUUGUCUUUUAUUUCUUCUAAAAUAUACAUUAUCUCCCCAAAAGUAUUUGUACACUUAAGUCCCACUUAAAACUGCCUGAAUGUCAUUGCAUUAGAAUGCUACUAAUGCUUUUCUCAAUACAAACUGCAUUUAUGUAUUUUAAUUGUUUAUAUUUGAGUGUAUGGCUUUGAUUUUGUUUACAUUGAAUUCUAUGUAUUAGAAAAUAAUAUUUUAUUGUUUCAUUUUAUUUUAUUAUUUUUGCUGUGUCUUUGAAUCAGCUGGUGUUUUGGUCAUUUGAACGUAUGAAGCCAGUUCUCCUCACAUUUAUACAGAUCUAGUUAAUCAGAUUUAUUAUCAAUAUGAUAUUUAGCAUUUGUCAAUGGCUUGCUUCAAUACAACAUUUUGCUCUGUAAUGCAAUGACAUUGUAUGUAUUAUGUAAUGUUGUUUUAAUGCUACAGAAAGAUGUGAAGGUUAGAAUGAUGUGCUUAUUUGACUAUUAUGUAAAUGCUGAGGUGUGGAGUUAUCAAUUUGAAGGAAAUGUUUAUAUGUAUGUGCAUGCUGCGUGAAUAAAUUAUUUCAGUUCAAUGAA